AUGCAUCACCAGAAAUUGGCCACUCUGUUCGGCUUCAUUGCUGGAAUCGCACAGGCUGCGCCAAGCUCAGCAGCUGCCGCUACCACAGGCUACUCCUCUGAAUGCUCUGAUAUAACACUCAACACCAGCUGGUUGGUAGCCAACUGCCCUAACGACGCUGGAACUUCGAUUUCAAGUGGUGUCUACUUGCCGUCACACGUCACAAACACGGAGGGUAAAUUGGAGUGGAAAACGGAUGGAGCCUAUGAAGAGUCCUGCUCAAACUGUUUCUUGUUGGACAGCGGCGCCACACUACAAUGCUAUUGUGAAGGCACAUACACCUAUGACAGUGGGAACACUACUUUGAAUCUAGAGGAGUAUAUCGUCAACUAUAAUGGCCACCUUCUCUCCAGCCUCGAGGGAACCCCAACAGUCCCAAAUGACGCCUCCCUUGCAGUUCCUUCAGACGUUGUAUUGUCUCUGACUGUAUAUGACGGUGAUAAUGCGUGCCCAAGCACACCUGGUGGCACUUUGAGCUUCGCAGGACCUGAGACUUGCUGGGACCUAAUCCUUGCGGUUGAUCCUAUCGUUUGGACUGAACUUGAGGCAACCUCGAACGAGGGAUGGUCCGUCUCCGUCUAUAAUGAGUCGACCUGUACCGGAACUCCCUUAGUUACUUUCGAUCAGACUCGCGUGAACGAGUGCAUCACAGUUGGACAAAAUGGAGGCGCUUACUUGUCUCUUACGCCGCUGUGGAACUAUGACUAG